AUGUCUCAAGAAAUAAAAAACUCUAUUGUGGUAGUAACUGGUGGUGCUUCUGGUAUUGGAUAUGAAAUAGUUUGCAAUUUCCUAGAAAAAGAAGCUAAAAAGGUCAUUAUUCUAGAUGUUAAUGAAGAUGAAGGUAAAAAAGCUUUAGAGCUAUUAAGUGCCAAAUACGGUAAUAAUAGGGCGAUUUUCUUCAAAUGUGACGUUGCCAAAGACAUAGACGUGAUUUGGAAGAAAUUGAUCGACUCCUAUAACAAAAUAGAUAUACUUGUAAAUAAUGCUGGAGUAGGUAAUGAAACUAUUCCAAAGAUAGCGAUUGAUAUAAAUUUGACGGCUGUCGUACAAUUAUCCUUCAAAUUUUGGGAAGCCAAUCGAAAAGACAAAUCAGGAAAUGGUGGUACAAUAUUAAACAUUUCAUCGCUUUAUGGCGUUAUUGUUGAGCAAUAUCUACCUGUUUACCAUGCGACAAAAUUUGGAGUUGUUGCUUUUACUAGAUCGUUGGGACAUUCCUUCAAUUACGAAAGAUCCGGAGUAAGAGUUAUAGCAAUUUGCCCAGGAUUCACGCGUACACAACUUGUAGCUGAUUUGACAAAUGCAACAUGGGACGAGAGAAUAUCUAAAGACUAUUUGAAAAGAUCGAAAGAACAUUCCUGGCAGAAUGUGGAUGCAGUCGGAAAAGCAACAAUUGAGGUGUUUGAAAAAGCAGAGAGUGGCACUGCUUGGGUAAUAGAAGGUGGAAACCCUAUAAAAGAAGUGAUAUUUUCUAAUUCUUAUUAA